AUUUCCUUAAAUUAGUAACAUGUUUAUUUGUGUUUACACAUAAAACUCUAAUCUCAUUAAUUCGCUUAAUUGUAGUUUAAAACGUAAAACAAUGUAAAUAUAAAGUUAGGUGCAAGUUGUGCUAAUUGGUGCAAUCUGUCAAGCAACACCUAUUCUAUUUCUGAUCAGUUUGACUCAAAAUAUCUCACGGCGUGAUUGAAUUACGCCUCUUCUAAUUUCAAAGCUCAGUAAAAGUCAACAAACGGUGCCGUCAAGUCCAUUUCCAAGUCAAGUGACAAGUGGAGCCCUAACCUAAAUUUUGACAGUCGCGUGAUGUCGUCAAGCAGCGAAAAUGCCUUGGAGGUGUCCUCAAAGAAGUACUACAGACAUGCCCGCCAAAGGAUUUUUGUCAACCGUAGUUUGCACUUGGAAAACAUCAAAUUUUACGGUUUUGACAUGGACUACACCCUCGCUGAGUACAAAUCGCCCGAAUAUGAAAAACUGGGCUUUGACCUUGUUAAAGAACGUAUGGUAUCCAUUGGUUACCCACAGGAAAUCCUCGAAUUCGAAUAUGACCCAACUUUCGCAGUUCGAGGUUUAUGGUUUGAUGCUCAAUAUGGCAACUUGUUAAAAGUUGACGCUUAUGGAAAUAUUCUAGUGUGCGUGCACGGCUUUGAAUUUAUUAAACACUCACAAGUAUACGAAUUGUAUCCAAACAAGUUUCUUCCAUUGGAUGAAUCAAGAGUAUACGUUUUAAACACACUUUUUAACCUCCCAGAAACUUAUCUUUUAGCCUGUCUUGUAGAUUUUUUCACGAAUUCGCCACAAUACACCAAGACGCAGACCGGUGUCAAGUUUGGCGACUUGUACAUGUCGUUCAAGUCCAUUUUCCAGGAUGUGCGUAACGCCGUCGAUUGGGUGCACCUCCAGGGCGACUUGAAGCAAAAAACAAUCGAGAAUCUCGAAAAAUACGUGAAAAAAGACGAACGUCUUCCUAUGUUUCUAACGCGUUUGAGAGAGAGCGGUGCUAAAACGUUCCUUCUCACAAAUAGCGAUUACAACUUUACCGACAAUAUCAUGACCUACUUGUUCGAUUUUCCGCAUGGGGCGAAGCCCGGGGACCCCCACCGUAACUGGAAGACUUACUUCGACACGAUUGUUGUGGACGCCCGGAAGCCCCUUUUCUUCGGCGAGGGGACUAUUUUGAGGCAGGUGGACACGGCCACGGGGGCCCUCCGGGUGGGCAUCCACACGGGGCCCUUCCAGAAGGAGCACGUGUACUCGGGGGGCUCCUGUGACGUCUUCACCAAGCUCAUUGGGGCCAAGGGCAAGGACGUGCUCUAUGUGGGUGACCACAUUUUUGGGGAUAUUUUGAAAAGUAAGAAAAUUCGAGGUUGGCGAACCUUCCUCAUUGUGCCUGAACUAGUGAGGGAGUUGCACGUUUGGACUGACAAAUGUCAGUUUUUCGAUGAGUUGCAAAUGUUAGACGUGAAGUUAGGCGAAAUGUAUAAGAAUCUAGACAGUAGCACGAAGGAAAAACCGGAUAUUUCCAAACUAAGGGCCGCCAUACGUGACGUCACGCAUAAAAUGGACAUGUCGUACGGUAUGAUGGGGAGUCUUUUCAGGUCAGGGUCAAGGCAAACGUUCUUCUCGUCACAGGUGGUGAGAUACGCCGAUUUGUACGCCGCCACGCACCUCAACCUCCUCUACUACCCCUUCUCGUACAUGUUCCGGGCCCCCGCCAUGCUCCUGCCGCACGAGUCGACAGUGGCGCACGAGCAACGUUUCGUUUUGGAGGCCCGAGACCGCGAAAACGAGGAACGGAAGCCCCCCAAAGUGCUCGAACGCACUCACAGCCAAAUCCCGCACGUGCGACCUGAGACACCUUUGAGUGUCACUCACAAUCAUGACGAGGAUUUCUCUGAUGAGGACAGCGACGACAAGAUUUCCGCCAAAAACGGCGAAAAAACACAAUAAAAGCAAGCGCACAGUUUUCUAGAAAUUAUUGCUCAUUUUUUACGUUGUUAUUGAGAUUUUAUAUCCGUAGUGUUGGCUAACCUGUUUUUUAUUAUAGUAAGUUAUUGUGUUUAUUUAUUGUGCUUUGGACACAAAUUACAAAUAAAAUGACA